GGUGUGAUCCGCUCAUUUCGGAGUUAGCUUUGACUCUGACCUGUUGUAUGAAUAUAAGGCACACUUUUUAAGAAUGAGAGAACUUCAUUUUAAGGACAAUUUUUGGAACAAUGACAUCACUAGCACUGCAGGGUAUGACAGCAUAAUUCAGCACCUGAAUGAUGGGAAGAGGACCUGCAAGGAAAUUGAGGACUUCAUGAAAGCCAGGGCCUCAAUAGAAGAAAAAUAUGCCAAGGAUUUGCUGAGUUUGUCUAAGAAGGUCUGUGGUCAUAACGAAAUGAACACACUGAAACGUUCUCUGGACGUAUUCAAACUGCAAACUGAAAACGUGAGCUUGUCACACCUUCAGCUGGCACAGACCAUGCGAGAGGAGGCCAAGAAGCUGGAGGAGUUCAGGGAGAAGCAGAAGGAAGUACGGAAAAAGGUAGAACAGCAAAUGGAUGCUUUACAUAAGCAGAAAGCAGCACAGUACAAGAAAACCAUGGAGUCCAAGAAAACGUAUGAGCAGAAGUGUCGCGACAAGGAGGAAGCAGAACAGACCAUGAAUCGGAAUGCCAGCACCAGCAACACCAAGCAACAGGAGAAGCUAUUUGCAAAAGCACAGCAAGCAAAACUGUCUGCCGAAGAAGCAGACCGAAUGUACAACCAGAAUGUUAAUGUACUGGCCAAAAUCCAGGAAGACUGGCAGAAAGAACAUGUCAAAUCAUGUGAGGCCUUUGAGAAACAGGAAGCAGAGAGGAUCAGCACUCUGCGGAACAUUGUGUGGACUCACCUAAACCAUCUCUCCCAGCAGUGUGUCACCAGCGAUGAGCUGUAUGAGGAGGUGAGAAAGUCCCUGGAGCAGUGCAAUGUGCAAGAGGACAUCGAGCACUUCAUCAACCUCAGGAGGACAGGGGACAAGCCACCAGCCCUGAUCCCCUAUGAGAACUUCUACAGCAAUCAGAGGGUUCCCGCUGCACCAGCACGUCAGCCGCCACAAGGUGGCAGGAGAGGGCCGCUGCCUGUUCCGGGGAAUGCAGAAGGUGAUGUGGUUUAUUCAACUAUCCAAGACCCUGCUUACAGUCUAAUACGAUAUUAGCAAACAUUUCUUCGUUGGGAUUUAAGAUCAGAUGGACCUAUAAGCAGGAAGGGGGUGCAUGUAUUUCCCAAAAAUGGCAUAAAUGAGAAACUGGCUCGAUGAAAAAAAUGUCUGUCAGCUAAUGCAGACAUGAAAAAUAUAUAAAUGUGUGAAAAUAAAGCAUGUUGUGAAUUUUCUUUAGUACCAUACAAAAUUUAUUUUUAUUUUGAUAAUGUGUUUGAUGCAUAUUUGGGCUCUUGUUUUGGUCCAGUUUCUUGUCUCUUUCUUUUUUUUCUCCUUGUUUCUCUUGAAUGUUUGGUCAAUAGAUGUGUGUAAGAUGCUCUUCAAUGCCUUACAGUAGGUCCAAGGCCACACCCAGAAUGUUGUGUUUUUUUCACACAUGUUAAUUAUUUUUCACUUCAUUCAGCCUGACAUUUGAGAUAUUUAUCAAAAUGUGUUUAGAUCACAAGGCUGUGGGUCAGCAUAGAAAGUGUUACUGCUGUCUCAUCAUGUGCAAACAGUAGAAUAUUUUUUAUGUUUUUUCUUUAUGUUUUGGAUCUGAACAUUUGGCUCACAGUACUUGGUGUUACUGUAUAUUUGUAAUGCAGAGACAUAAUAUUCAUAAUAUUGUGGAAAUAAGCAACGUGCAGCUUUGCGAAAGUGUAGUUAUUUAUUUAUUGUCACUUUUAUGUGUUAUUGUCAUGAAUAAAUAAAGGCCUGCUCUUGAUA